AUGCAAGAAAAUCGCGGGGAGCGUCCGAAAAGCUGCCGGAGACGUCGAGGCGACGGAAGCAUGGCAUCGGAGCUGGCGCAAAUAGACCUCAACGAUCUGCUGGGCGCGACGCUACGUGUGGAGGUGGGGCCGGACCGCGUGCUGUACGGUGUGCUUGUCGCACUAGACUGUCACGCGAACUACCUGCUGGACCGCGUGGUGGAGCGGCGGGGCGGGCGCGAGCGGGAGCUGGGCCUCGUGAGCGUGCCGAGCGAGGCGGUCGGCAAUGUCAAGAUCGAAGCAGCGACCCUGCGCCGGGUGCGGGAGGCGAAGUCUGCCUUCCGGCGUGCAGUUGCCUGA